UAAAAUGCUUCCCCUGCCUAUUAGCUGAUGAUGGCCUCAGGAAGGUGGACCUGGAAGAUAACAGCUAGCAGGCUGAGGCCAGACACUAACACUUGCAGUUGUCCUUGGUGGGUUUUUUGCACUGACUUGGGGAGCCAGCUCAUGAUCUCAGGAUGUAUGGAAGAAUAAUCUUUGUAUUACUAUUGUCAGUUUUUAUUGAAGAAGUAAGAUUGUCCCUAGCAGAUGGAGACACAGAAUUUGUGAGCAUGGCAUCAUCAACUAACCCUCAUAUGGAAAUGAAAACUCCAGGAUUUCUCUCGCCCACAGAGAAUUACCUCUCAUCAUCGACAGCCGACAAGCACAAACAGAGCAUGUACCCAAUCACUGCCGGUGCUGACAGAGUUUCAGAAUCUUCCGGUAGAAACCACUUACGUCCAGAACAGAAAAACAGACAAAGGCAACAACUUGUACAUGAUUUCUCUGAACCAGUGAUAACACUCAUUAUUUUUGGGGUGAUGGCUGUUGUCAUUGGAAAGAUCCUCUUUAUUUCUUACUGUAUUCGCCGACUGAGAAAGAAAAGCUCAUUUGAUGUACAAACUCCCUCCUCACCUGACACAGAUGUGCCUUUAAGCUCUGUUGAAAUAGAAAAUCCAGAGAAAGUUGAUCAAUGAGAAUCUGUUCACCAAACCAAGUGUGGAAAGAACACAAGAAGACAUAAGACUUCAGUCAAGUGAAAAAUUAACAUGUGAAUUGGACUCUCCAAUAAAUUAUAUACCUACCUAAAUUGUACAAUUUCAGAAUGCAAUUUUCAUUAUAAUGAGUUCCAGUGACUCAGUGAUGGAAAAAAAUACUCUGCUCAUUAACAUUUCAAGAUAAAGAACAAUGUUUCCUUGCAUCUUUGCUUUUGUAUGUUAGCAUAAUUUUUAGAAUUGAUUGAGAAUUCUGAUCCAAAACUUUAGUUGAAUUCAUUUACAUUUGUUUAAUACUAACUUAAUCUAUUCUAUUGUAUUGUAAUAAUGGUGCUGUCAAAUGAAAGGCUUGAAAUACCUGAAUGAAGUUUAGGUUUUCUUCCUAUUGUAAACUUUUGAGUCUAGUUUCAUUGUUUUAAAUAAAUUAAGGGGACACUAAAGUCCUAUCAUUUAUUUCCUUCAUUGCUGAACAGGCAAGAUAUAAUAUUACAUGGAUGAUGAUGAUGAUGAUGAUGAUGAUAUACUAUUACAUGAAUGAUAAUGAUGAUGAUGAUGAUGAUGAUGAUGAUAUACUAUUACAUGAAUGAUAAUGAUGAUGAUGAUGAUGAUGAUGAUAUACUAUUACAUGAAUGAUAAUGAUAUUUUGUUCACACUAAUAAAGCUUAAUAAAAUUUAAAAGAAAUUUCUAGAUAUAGAGACUAAGGUCUGUGACUACACAGCUGUCACUCAUUUAUAGUGAAACUUAAAAAAGAAAAAAACCUUCCUGUGAUACUUUAUUUCCAAACUAAUAAAAAUCUAUAUAACUUUUCAUUGUUGUGUGAUAAUAAAGUAAAUUUUUUGUAUAUUUUCAGGCCUGGCAGCUGAAAUUUAUUUUUUAAUAAAUUAAAAAAUCAAAUUUUA